AUGUUUCCUAUAAUUCCACAAAAAACAAGUGCGCCAAAUUUAAAUUCGGUAGCCAGUGAUCUUUUAGUUCAAGUGAAUUUGAAACAUAUGUAUCAAAAAUUGGAGACUAGCAGAAAGGACAUGAACGAAACUACUGCUGGAAACAAUAUUCCAGUUGGCACCAGAUCGCCUGUUUGGCUGGUCGAAGAUAUGAAAAACAUUCAAAAAUCAAAUAAGUAUGUUUCUUCACUACAUUUUCACAACGGUUAUAUCCAGCCCGCGGCUCCGAGUGCACACAUUGUUUGGCCACAAAAUUUACCAAUUGCUGGUGAUAUACAAAGUCAAAAUGUUGUAUUGGAUCUCCAUAGAACAGUUGAUCUAAAUUUUGGCCUAACUGUAAGAUCAGUUAAGGAUAUCACUUCGGGGGAAAAAAUCCAAAUGUGGUUUUCUGAAGAAAUAUCUGCUUUAAUUUCAAUGCCAUUUCUCACACCAAAGAAUAUUAAAGAUCAAAAUCGUUACUCAUGUCAUACCUGCAGUAAAGAAUUUGAAUAUCCAAAUCCACUAAAAUUACACAUAGCACUGGAUUGUGAAAGGCUAUCAAUUGAAUAUAUCUGGGAAAAUAUACACAGUGCCUUAAUAAGUUUAUGUAACCAAAACAUUGUGCCUCUGAAUUUAACAUUGAAAUCACCACUAAGAAAUUCAGUAUUGUCAAGUGAAACUGAACCACAAAAUCAGGAAGCCAACCGCACCUCUGCAUUUGUGCCUUACUUCAAUCAUACCAACUCAUUUAAAACAUCCCCCAGGCUACCACUAUACCAAAACCAACAAAUGCAAUAUGACCGUUUAGUAUCAUCCUUACCCAUUAGAAAUAUUUCUGAUAUUAAUUAUCAGACACAUGCUUCACAAAUGGAAACUAUAGUAAGCAAUUUAGGAAAAUCAAACAAAGGGCACUUAUGUUUAUAUUGUGGUAAAGUUUAUUCAAGAAAAUAUGGACUGAAAAUCCACAUUAGAACACACACAGGAUUUAAACCAUUAAAAUGCAAAUUUUGUUCAAGAGCUUUUGGAGAUCCUAGUAACUUAAAUAAGCAUGUAAGGCUACAUUUGCAAGGAGAUUCCCCAUAUAAAUGUGAUCUUUGCAAUAAGGUACUAGUGAGAAGAAGGGACCUGCAAAGACACCAUCAGAUGGUGCAUAGCCAAGAAUCUGAGAUGUUAUCUAAUAAUCCAAUGUAGAAUUAGAACUCAUUUUAACACAAAAUAAAACCCUAAUGCACAUUUGUUGGCAGGACAACAAAAACAAUUAGAUCAAUUUAAUUCG